AUGGCACUCUCGGCCGCCAGUAUGCCGCGGAUGCUGGCAGAAAUCCUGGCAUCCCUUCAUCUCACGCCUUCUCGCGGCCUCUACGAAGUCCUAACGGAAACGCGCGUAUCUUGCCAUCACCAGGACCGCUUGAGAGCGAAGUCUGCUUCCAUGCCUCGCUUGACAGUGCCAAUGCGAACCAGAACGCCCGUGAGCAACAUUGGUCCAACCAGACCUUCGACCAGCGACAGCUUUGAUACCCACAGCAGCCUUAGAGACGAUCGGAGAUGUCUUCCAUCGUACCGAGAUACUGCUUCAGAGAUCAUCUCGAUGUAUGCCUCUGACAGUCAACGUUCUACCUAUAGCCCAUUCUCGCCCAAAUAUCGCGAUGACCAGCGGUCGUUUUCCAUGACGAGCUGCAGUUCUCGAGCGCUACCCAACAAGUCGUCUACUGGCACCAUGCAGAGCCAAGCCAGCGGUCCGGCUCUACAGAGACCUCGCUCCCCCUUCCCCUACCCAACCAGACUUAAGCGCCCGGGAGUUCGACCUUCCUCUCCCGCCGUGACAGAGAGUGGCGCUGUGGACUAUAGUAGAAUGGUCGAGAUCGACCGUGCUUCACAGCGAACCAUCCAUGGAUCGUAUAUGUCCACCUACGCUCAAUAUGGCCGCAGAUCAGGACCCGCGAUGUCCCGACUCCAUCCAUAUGGAUCCGUUUCAUCCCUCUCAAGCCACAGUUCGAGGCCGGGUCCGAGAUCCUAUGCGAGAACGAACUCGAGUGGCUCCGCUGCUUGGAGUCCGGGCCUUCGCAGACAGCUUGAAAUGGAAUCAUCAGACUAUAAUACGAGGACUCCAAGUUUGACUUCCAUCGUCGACAUGUACCGCUCGUCGUCAGGAAUUUCACCCGACUUGAAAUACGGAUCUCAUCGACUGCCCAGCAGAACAUUCUACUACGAUUACUCGGAGGACUUUGAUACUUUCCCUGAUGGCAAUCCCGCAUGGACUGGACCUUUGGCGCCUGUCCCAACUCGAGUACCCGACAUGUAUAGAGCGAGGAUACUAAAUGAUGGCAGUGCUGGUCCCUUCCUGAACAUGAACCGCUAUCCUUCCCAGGAUGACGUCUGCGAGGGUCCGCAAAAUUACUCUGGCGCAACAAAUACCAUGAAGACCCACGAGUCAAACAUCGCCCAUGACUCGAUUGAGGAACAUGAAGGCGAAGAAGGACCAUUCAACUACCCUGAUGACGACUCACCUCGUGGUUCUAUGGUAGGAAGGAAAGAUGUCAACGGAGCCACCAAUGUAUCGUCACUGCAGGCUAUGACUAUGCCCAGUACCGAAAAGAGAAAGAGCUGCCACCACAGUGACGCUAGUAUCUCAGAAAAAUCGGACGAUCUGGCAGCUGCGACAGCGGAGAAUCCAGAUGAACAAUCGAACUCUGAUGCCAGGCGGAUAACGGUGCAUGAUGAGAGCGACGGCCUCGAAGAAGGCGACAACGAGAACUCGAGGUCGAGCUUUGGCAACAAUGCGAUCCAUGUGCCUCAACUAGAAGAUCCUUUGUCAGCGAGAACCUCCCUAUACAGACACUACUUGCGCCACCAGUCGGUCAGAGCCCGUUAUACUGCAGCCUGUACCAGUCUCGCCGGCCAAAAGGCUCCGGCUACAAAACAGUGUCCCAAAGCUCAUGAAAGCAUUGCCAGAUCUGCCGUCCAGUUCAGCUAG